AGCAGGAGGAAGAGGAGGCCAGGCGUCCUGAACUAGCUGCAGAGACCCCUCUAGGCUGGUGGAGCCCAGCUCCAACGGUGGCCAAGCAAGAACCUAAGCCUGGAUCCACCCACCCAUUCCCAAACACUAUGCACGUUUCCUGGCAGGGCCCCACCCAGAAUAGAUCUCAGCCCCAGAUCCUUCCUUAGUCAGGAAGUUGGAGGUUAGGGGAUCGAAGCCCACACAUCUGUCUACUCUCCCCUGCAGAGGCAUGUUUAUCACAGUGAUGUUUGGAGGUAAGCGGGAUCCCCUGUCCUGAGACAGGUCGGGGGAGAGUACAUUCAGAGGCUUGCUUUCCUCCGCCCUAGGGGAGGGUGGGGAGGCAGUGUGAGGAAGGGGGGUGCACUUGGGUAAGGGGAUGGGGGGUUUAGGGAAACAGCUCUAUGAGAAGACAGAGCAAAUGCUUGGAGUCCCUUGAGGGGAAACGCUGGUGGCUGGGUUGUGGGAAAUUCCAGUGGGCUCCUCUAGGAGAACACCCACCACACCACCACAGAGCAUGUUGUUAAAUUACACAGUCUCUAAUUCAGUCAGUUGUCUUCAAGCUUCAGGGCACAUUAGGCACCUAAAGCUCUAGCCACACUUAAAGAUUUCCGGACUUCUGGUGGCAGGUGGGGCUGGGGUAGGAGAAUGGGGGGGUCUGGUGCUGGAGAGAAGUCCUGUGUAGAGGCGGCGCUGGAGUGGGAGGGGGGAACCCAAUGCAGGAGGCAUGAGCUAUGUGCCCUGGUCACUGACAUCUCAGAAGAUGGGUGGAGGAGGGUACAGUCUUAAUCUUGGAGACCUGUUCCCUCCUCGGGUUACAGAAGAGAUGAAAGCGAGACAGAUGGUCCCAGACUGGGAGAAGCAGAGGGUCCCAUUCACUCACCUCUGCCCUGUCCCUACAGCUGGCUGCUGGGAGCUGGUGAACACUUGGUGCAGCCUGGUGACACUCACUGCCCACUUGAGGCAGAGGGGGCAGGUGCCCCCAGAUGCGACCAUUGCCCUCCUGGCUGAGGAUGGGCACCUGGUGAGCCUGGAUGAGGGGGCUUCCCAGGCCCCUUCCAUGGGCAGCCCCCUGCUGCAGGAGCAUGGGACCUAUGUCCUUGUGCAGAUCAUCAAGGGGGAGGAUGGGGCGCCCACCCGCUACGAGUCCCUACUGGAGAACCUGGAUGACCAGUGUCCAGAGCUCGCAGGUGAGUCUCACGCUACAGCCCCAGGGGGAGGGUGCGCCUUCUCCCCAGCUCCCAUAGGUAGGGCUUCUUGGGCCUUCCAGAGGAGCUUCGCUGCCUGUCAGGCCUACAACCCACAAGUGAUGGCCGGAGGAGGCGCACGAGCACUCGGCGUGACCACCAGGAGCAAGGCCCCCUUUCAAAGCCACGAAGGAAGGGCUCCCUGCCAUCCAGGACCCGUUAGCUGGGGCCAGGAGCCAGGUAAGGAGGAGACAUAGACACCUGGAGGAAUGCUCACACCCAGAAGUCCCAGGGAACAGACUUAUGUGUGCUGAGAGGUAGACCCCAAACCCCCCUCCCCCAGAAAACCCCACACGCAGAAGUACAUACAAGCUAGAACACAGUGCACCAAGAGACAUUCCCACCACUCCACUGGGAUAUAAACGCCCAAGGGCAGGAACAUCCUCAGUGCCCCCAGAGAUAUUGAAUAGGGCCUGGCACACAGUAGGUGCUCAACACAGAGCUGGUGAACUCAAGGAAGGCAGUAGCACAGAGCACAUGAUAGUGAGGUCUGCCCUGGGAUCGAAGGGCCUGCUUCUCUGUUUCAGCAGGCCCUGUGACCUGGCACAUCACAGCCAAGUGGCUGAGCUGGACUCAGAUCCAAGGGGGUUGGCCAUGACCUCUGCCAUGUGUGAUCAGGCCCAAACAGAUAGCAGCCCAGUGGCAUUCUUCUUGCAGAAUCUGGAAUUACUGAGAAGCUGCCAUCAGCAAGAGGGGCAAGGUCACAGACCGGACGUGAGGCCACCAAGGGGGGGCCCCUAAGACGUGGGUGCAGAGAAGGGGAUCCAAAGGUGUGGGGGCAAGCAACCCUGACAGGGGGAGACAACAGGUUUAUCCAGGGAUUCCAGCACCUAGAGUCAGGUGCCCUUGGGGUCCCUGCUAACGACUCAUCCCUAUUUGGAUUGUCAAGGUCAUCAAAUUACAACAGGGCUCCUCCCCCUCCCACACCCAGGAUGCUGGCAUAAAGUGAAACAUUCCACCCCUCCGUUGGACAUCCAUCCAUGCCCCCUGACCCCACCCCAGCAGAUAAACUAAAUGAGAGGGCACACAGCAGGCUAUGGUC